AAAAGUGAGUCUACAAGGGGCGGGAAACACGUGGUCCUGCCUCAUAUGUUCGGAAAAAUGAUUAAAACGCCUGUAUGGGCCUAUGGUAGGAUUAUUCAGCCUUAGCUUUGCCUUAGACGAGUAAAAAGGCUGGUUAACAUUGCAGGUGCAGGCUGCUGCCACACGGGUCAGCAGGCUAGUUGUAAAGUGAGACGACCAGUAUGCCAAAUAAGGGGAUGGAUUUGUCGAGUAUGUGUGGCUGUGUGGUUGGGGUCGAACCAAAAUUAGAGGAGCAGCAUCGUACAGCGUGUGUGUGUGUGUGGACGCUAUAGUGAGUGCUAUCUGCGGCGGCCUGUCUCUCUCGCUCUCUCCCUCUCUCUCUCUUCUCUCUCCCUCAGUGGUACUCCCAGUUGUCCCACAGUGGUACCUACUUGUGUGGGAACACCCACACCGCACCCCCACCCUACCCGUUUCACGUUAUAUUUCGUUAAAACCAUUUUGUCGUUAUACAAUCUGAAAGGAAAACAAAAGUGGGAGAAGUCGACUCGAGCAGAGAGCAAGUGGUGUUGAAAUCAGUUCGUUUUAUGACGCGUAAUUUCAGUCGUAGCAGUGUAUUGAAUAUCGAUGCUGAUGAUCGCAUAAUUAUCUCUAUUUGUUAUAUGGUCAUUCCUUUGAGAAAUGAAGUGGUGUAAUGGAGCCGAUAUGGUGUAAGCAUCUCUGUAAAAGCAGCGAAUCGCGACGGGCCUCCCUCCUUGUUAGAAAUGCUCACAAAAUGUAACUGGCAAAGGAUUAAAUCAUCGUAGGAAUUAUGCAGAGCGUGGAGGGGGUAAACCAUGAGGAACAGAUGACGUUGUCUCCAAGCCCGGCCUCCGUGGCUGCGUCUCUCCCCAUCACUUCCCCUUCUCUAGCAUCCUUGCCGUCUCCUUCCUUAGCCUCCUCCCUCCGUGUCUUCCCCUUCGUUAGCUUCCUCCCCUCCAAUCACCUCACAGAUCUCAUCGUCCGAUUUGACUUCCAUAUCCAACUUGAGAACUACCUCAUCAUCUCUCCUACAUCUCGACAAACAAGCCAGUCUCGCCAGUAAGUUGAGGCGCGGGAAAAUAUUAGCCAACCACACAACCCCGCCUAACUUCAAUGUGCGCUCUUCGCUGAUUGGCGAAGAGGACGACGAUGGGCGGAGUGACAUUAGGGUCCUGUCGCCCUCAUUGGUUAACAGCCAAGUCCUGUCCAAAACGCGUCCGCUCUCCCCGGAUCCUCCUGACCCCAUGGCUAUUACAAAUCUUCCCAACGGUGAGAGGGGCCGUCGGCGUCAGAGGAUAUUCAAGUUGAAGUUCCAUCACCAGGCCCUUCCUCCGGAGUACCUCGACCACUAUGAAGCCAGCUUACGCCACGAGCAGAGAGCAGCGGCUGCCGCCUCUUCCAACUCUUCCCCGGCUACCACCCCGACGACAGCUCGCCAACACCGGGAGACUUUGGCCUCCUCCGACCCCUCUGUCAAAGACAUGAGAGACGUGACGAUGGGCGGCUUGCAGAGUGGGGUCCCUAGGAAAGGUGGCCGUGGACGCGGACGCAGCCAGAGGUCCCCGCGACCCAUAACAAUUCACGAAGCGGGAGAAGGUGCCACAGAAGCACUGCUGAGAGACCUGCUCUUGACGAGACCGCAUCUACACCAGGCUGCGUUGCAGCAGGUGGCGCUCGCCCGUGCCCAAUCCGUGCCCUCCAUCAUGCUGGCGAGCCAGCAUGCUAAUCGCGGGCCCCCGAGCCCUGGAACCGUAACACCCGAAGAGCAUUUGCCGUACAUGGGGGAAAUGUUGCUGGACACCAGACCCAGACGAGGCAGAAAGCCCAAGAAAGCUGAUAUUACGCACCUCAUCACCAAAAAUUAUGGUCUUGCUGGAAUAGGUGAUGUCCGAAUGCUGCACGAGUCCCUUCCCAUGCAGCACUUGGAGCACCCAUUGCAGCAGCUGCACCAGCAGCGUGAACAACAUCAUCAGCAACAGCAGCAGCAGCAGCAGCAACAUUUGCAUCAAGAUGGAGCAUCACCUGAAGAUUACACAAUGAUGGAGCAAGAAACCCUAGCGAGAUCUAGGAGCUAUUCUUUACUGCAUACUGCCCUUACAGCAGCAGAGGCUGAGGAUCAGAACGAACCUCUCAACCUGUGUGUUCGUGAUGUGCCUCUAAAAUGUGACCCAGAACAGUCCAAAACAGUGAGAAGUCGUCCUGAUCUUCCAAGGAUUAAAUUAGAACCUUCUCCGCCAAUGGAGGAAGAGGAAAGUGCAAGUGGAAGUGGGAUCAACUCUCCUGACAAUGUGACUUGGGUGACUAGUAGCCGACUGGGUGUAGCACCUCACUGGCUGCACGAUUAUCGCCUGAAGUCAGAGGAUGGGCUGAGCUCUGGCCACUCGACGCCCUCUCUCUGCUCACAGUCGUCGCACAUGCCGUCCCUUUCGCCUCCUGCUUUCCCGCACAUGUCUCCUCCACCACCUCUCGCCUCUCCUCACAGGCAUCUUCCAAGCCAUUUCAUGGCAAUAUCUCCCCAGUCUCCACACUCUCCUUCCCCAGUACCUGCUGCAUCACCUCUGCCACCGGGACAUCAUCAGCGCCACAUUCAUGCACUCCUGAAGGAGAGGCUAGAAGAGGCAGCCCGAGAACGCCUUUCUCCACACGAUUUAUUUGGUAAAGACAGAGGUUCUGGAAGAAGUGCUAGAAGUGGAUCAGGGGGAGCUCGUAAGAAGCGCUCUCCAAUUUUCAUUCCUCCGGCAGAUCCAAGCACAGAAGUCAGUAUAUGUAAAUUUAAGUUUACCGGUGGGCCAAACCCUAUUCUUGAGGAGAAGAAGAAAGUAAGUGUUGAUGCUGGUGGAACCUUGCGUUAUUUUAGUGGAGGUGAACGGGGAGUGACUCGGGACUCGAGAGCUGUAGGAGCACAUUUACGGCUUUCAGGUAAGCUGCUUGAUAAUAUUUCUAAGUGUGAAAAGGACGUGAAGAAAAUUAGACUUGAGAGUGACACAGAUGAUACUUGUAGCCUCUCCGGUAUGGGAAGUGCACCAACGUCUCCAGUUGGGACCCUAGAGCAUGGAAUGCAGCCCCCAUCACUUGCACCACCCAUAGAGGAUUCUCCUAAGCGUAAACGACGAUCAAAGAAGUCAUCAGUUCGAGAGAAGUUAGAGCAGACGUUGAGAGAACGUGGCCUUCUAAUUCAGACACAACAAGUGGAAUCUGCUGAGGGUGCCACCUACUGCAAAUUCCGACAACUGCGCAAGUUCACCCGUUACCUGUUCCGCAGUUGGAAAGACUACUUGCCUGGCCAGCUGCAAGAAGGGGACCUUCACUUGGAUGGGACUGCCGACCCUCGAUACCCUCACCACAUGGCUAGCGGGCCAUUGACACCAGAUCACCGUUGAGUUUUGUUGGUGUGGUCCCACAUAAGCUGACAUGGGCAUUUAUAUAGCAUAAAUAUGGGCUGGAACUGAACAGCAGUCCAUGUAGGUUGUGAUGCACCCAUCAGCCGCCCUGGUUGUGAUGCACAAAGUACAACAUAGAACCUUCCAGGUCCCAGGCUGGUCCCGUUUCUCCACUUAAACUUAUGUAGCUACAACCCUAAGGAGGCGUCUGUCUCCUUUUGUUGUUCCAAAUAGUCCGCAAUAAGUCAAAUAUUAGAGACUGUUUCCUUUCACAAUCAUUUCCAGUUUUGUGACGAACUGCACCUGGAGUGCAGGGUUUUUUCUCCUUAUUUUUUCUACCUUCAUAAUAGUAAGAUGAGGUUUCCCAAGAAAAGGUUUAUGUGGUUAAGAAGAGGUUCCCUUGGAGUGCAUACUACUACUACUACUACCACUACUACAGUUUUCCAACCCUUCAUCAGCAUAAACCCAUUCAUAGAUGGGUGUGGCUCCUAGACUUUAAAAAAAUAAACUAUGACCCUGGGAGGUGACCAAAAUCUUCAAGAGAAAACCCCUCAUUAGUAGCGCUUUUUAUUCUAGGAGCCCCUCCAUAUGGAAUGUGUUCUGGAAGCAUGUCCAAAUGGAAUGUCUACCUCCUUCAUUCCCAAAUGUAUUUUAGUAUGAUUUCCUUCCCGUGAAUGAUGAUAAAAGAGUAUUUUUCCAAAAUCUUUUAGGGAUGUUUGUUUCAAGAUGGCCUCUACUAAUCACUUCAUGUCUUUUGAAAAGAUUUUGGAAGUGCGAUUUGGUACCCCAAACAAAGUUGUGUACAUACUGUCUUUGAUCUGUGAAUGACAUAGUUGCUGCCACCCCGUCAAGCCUUGUUAUGCCCCAAGUUGAAUAGCCGUAUGCCCCAUACCCCCCUUGGGAAGUUGAUCUCACGUCUCACACCUGUUUGGACAUCUAAGUCUUACAGGCUGUCUUGAUCCUGCCAGUCUUGUGUUCAUGAUGACCAAGUGUCUUUUUCUGUAUAUCUUGUGGCUGUCUCUUUCGUUUUAUGUCUCGUGUGUUCUCUCUGUUUCCUCUUCCUCGUCUUUCCUCACCUCUGAAUCUCGUGCCUUGUGAGUAAUCGUCCAUUGCUGUGCAUCAAAACAAUGAAUGGUUCCCUGGAAAUAUUCCAUAACAAGCAAUGGACUCGGCCUGUGAACAGUUCAAAUACUGUACAUACUAUAUCUCAUUACUGUCGUAUUUGUUAACAUUGUGGGUGAAGAAUUCGUUAUGACUGUACGUGAGUUGACUUAACAUACUUAUGUCCUAGCAACGACCGUUCUAUCUUGAAUGUCUUUUGGAUGACCUUGCAUCAUGUGAAUUUAUGGAUGUCACUCCUGGCUUCUUUUCGUUCCUUGUGAUUCCUUAGGCUGGCCAAUAUUCUAACAACGACAAAUUAAAGCUCCAAAAAUAUAUAUGGUUGUCCCCCUCUCUUCAGUGAAAUUCCAAUAAGAAAGUUAAGGUAAUCAAGAGCAGAGGCAUUGAUCUUUCUUCUUCUUUGCCUUACGAGUGUGGAGUGACAGUCUUUUUCAAAUACUCAAUUCUUCUUAACAACUGUCCGAAGAAGCCAAUAAAUACUUAGUAUUCUCUUUUAAUAUCUCAAAAUUUCAUAAUGAAACAAAACGCAUUAUUUUAUGUUUUGUGAAGAGAACACCAAGAUUAGUUCUUCUGCUGACCAUUUAUAAUCUGAGUUUCCAUUUAUAAUCUGAGUUUUACUUCCCGCUGUUAAUUACUCAGGUAGUGGCUGUGUUAGUAUUGGUGAUGUUUAUUCUUCACAAAAAUAAGUAUCACGAUUUGUCAGCCCAGUUUUGCUCCGCCUUUCUUAAAUGAUAAUGCUCCUUUCGAAACGAGUCUGCAUUCUUUGUCGGAAAGGCCUAUCGUAUAGAGUUGAGUAUUGUGGACAGCGGAACACUAAUUUCGUUGAAUAACAUCAAUUGUUACGUUGAGGUUGGGAUACAACGAUUAGCUGGUCAGUCCUCAUUUUUCCUUCCUUCAUCUCCGAUGAGGUUAAUCUGAUGCCAUAUACUAGUAUGUGCUACAUUCAUUGUUUGUGCAAAUGACAAGAAAAUGUUAAGAGGCAGAGAUUGAUGUUAAACAGCUUCAAUCACAGCUUGGAUCUGUAAUUGUAAAGAAACUGAGCUUAUAGAAAAUAUUUUUUAAUGUUCAAUCAAAUGAUCAACUGGCGUUAGUAGCAAGAUAUAAUAAUGUACAAGAAAAUGAAAAAUAAGAGUAAAAUAUUCUCUUCAAGGGAACCGUCAGUUUUUCACUCUCAUAGAGGGUUUUGACGAGCGAGUUUUUCAUCAGAUCUCCAGCUCUGACCACCUGAAGUGUUUCAUUUACCGAGUUUUUUUUCCAUAGCUGAGGUUGUGCGUUGUAAAUGAUGGUAUGAAUUUUUUUUUCUUGGUUUUCUUUCUUUUGAUGUAAAGAAUUGCAGUGAUAGCUAGUUUUGUACCAAUAAUGCGCGUUGAUCACGCAUUGCUGUAGAAAAAGAAGAAAGUACUGUAUGCCCCUAUGCUAUGCAGUAGUAGUUAUUCUUGUCAGUUGUGAACUUGGACCUGGAUCUCAGUGGGAAUUGCAGCAUGCACGGUUGUUAAGGAAACUCAAGAUACUUUAGUUCGAGUCAUCUGAUUGUUCUCAAGAGUAAAAAUUGCUGCAGUAUUGUAACCACUGAGAUUUUGAGCCAUCAUAGAUUUUUAAAAAUGUCAUAGAGUCUUGAAUAUAUGAAGCAGGAUUCUUCUCUAUUUUAGUUAAGAGGAAAGUUAUAAUAGGCUGGAAAGAAAUGAAAUGUUCUAUUUUUCAUACCUAAGAAUUCUACCUGUGUUGCGUCACUCCUGACUCUCAGAGGAACAAUGGUCAGCCCGGUGUAUUUCGAUAUUUGUCAGUUUUCUGAAAGGAGACAAAAAUUUGUGAGGGUGAACACGAUUAGUUUUUGCAUAUUUGUCCAUAUGAAGGGAGUUCCCAGUUUUUUUACUUUUUUUCUUUUUUUUUCUUUUUACUGAUUUAAGGUUCCGAAAACUAAGUCAAUUAUGUUAGAGUUCCAGGGCAGUACUUAUUUUUGUAAACCGAUUGUAUGAUUUUCUGUUGAAAAUUAAUCAUUUGGAAUUAACGUGUGAUGUACUGCUGCUGUUUUUAUAGUAUGGAAGUUAUUAUUAUUAUUAUUAUUAUUAUUAUUAUUAUUAUUAUUAUUAUUAUUAUUAUUAUUAUUAUUAUUAUUAUUAUUAUUAUUAUUAUUAUUAUUAUUAUUUUAUGCUCAUCGGAUUGACAUUUAUCGAAGGUCGUGUUCUUUUGAUUUCUGAAUGGGAAUCCAUCCCUUUUCCGUCUUACUGUAUUUUUCCAAGUAUUACGUCAUAAUCUCCCCGUGGGCUUCAUCAACAACCAACCAAAAAAUUGUGUAUAUUAUAAUGACUACUUUGUAUAUUUAUGCUCUAAUGCCUGUAUAGAUCGAAAUAUGACUAAUAUAUUUAGACAAAAAUAAAACCUGAUUAAUACAGAAUACUGGCCGCGAGUUUGAGGGUUCGUCCUGUGACUUGAGCAACCAGCUGUUUCUUUGACAACUGUUGACUUGCCAUGAUGAUUCGAAUUUUUUAAAUACUGGUGUACAGUAAAUCACAACUACUGUGCUAAAGUGCCCCUCGGUGUUACAGUUUACGCUAUACAUUUUUAUCUGGUAUUCUGUUUACACAAUCGCACACAGACUCCUCAAACGUGUGUGCACACAC